UCCGGCGGUGUGUCCGCGGCGGUACAUGCUAAAACAAUGGCGGCGGGCGGCAGUGAUCCUCGGGCUGGAGACGUUGAAGAAGAUGCCUCUCAACUCAUCUUUCCGAAAGAGUUUGAAACAGCGGAGACACUCCUGAACUCUGAAGUUCACAUGCUUCUGGAGCAUCGAAAGCAGCAGAAUGAGAGCGCAGAAGAUGAGCAGGAGCUUUCCGAGGUUUUCAUGAAAACCCUGAACUAUACAGCCCGUUUCAGUCGUUUCAAAAAUAGAGAGACCAUUGCCAGUGUUCGUAGGUGAGUACCAAAAAAAAAGCUACAUAAGUUUGAGUUGGCCUGUUUAGCUAAUCUUUGCCCAGAGACUGCUGAGGAGUCCAAAGCUCUGAUUCCAAGUCUGGAAGGGCGUUUUGAAGAUGAGGAACUGCAGCAGAUUCUCGAUGAUAUCCAGACCAAGCGCAGCUUCCAAUACUGAUGUUCACACCCUGCUCCUGAGAUUGCUCAGAACGCCACCACAUCCCAGCCUGGUCAGCUUCACACAGGAGUGCUGAAGCAGAAGACACUUGGGUCACUUUGCUUUAUUGAGAUAUAAUGUCCCUCUGUGGUCCUCAGACUCAUGAUACAGCUCCUGCCUCACUCAGCCAAGUGUUGGGAUUACAGGUGUGAGCCAACACUCAACAGCUUGGCUUUUUGGAGAGAAAAGGCUGGCUUGGUGAUGAUUUUGGUUGCUGUUUCCACAGUGACUAUUGGACCAUAGUUACUGUGUUUUCUUGGUGCAGCCUUGUAAGGGCUGCAGUCUGGAACCUGUGAGGUAGAAUGAUGUGUUGACUGUCUCUUACCUUGGUGGUUUUGGAGCCCAUGUUGUUCUUUGUUCUUGUCAUUUCAAUUUUUGAUGUAAAUAUAGUUUGUAGUUUUUUAAACUAAACUGUUAUACAAAAUCUUGUAUAGGGGAAGAAUGUUCUUAUCUAGUUGCAAAUGGGAGAGAUAAAUCAGAAUUUUUUUUUUUAAGGAAUUUCAUUUCUUUAUUUCUGGGGAGGGGGUACAUGAUCCAUGGCACGUGUGUGGAGAAGAACUUGCAGGAAUCAGUUCUGUCCACUAUGUGGACUUUCAGGAUUGAAAUCAAGCCAUCAAGCUUGGUGGCCAGAACUGUUACUCACUGGACCAUCUUGCUGAACUCUAAAUUAUAUUUAUUUUUUUUACUUAUUUAUUUUUGCAACUUUAGAGAUUAGACCAAAAGCCUUGUAUAUGCUAAACAAGGGCUGUACCUAUGAGUAACAUUCUAUCACUGAAGUUCCUUUUGUUUCUGUUUGUGUGUUGUGUACAUGUGUGAGUGUGUAUGACUAUGUAAGGAGACUAGCAAAGGACAUUGGAUGUAUACCUAUUGUCUUGGGGUUUUUAUUGCUGUGAAGAGGCACUAUGACCAUGGCAACUCCUUUUUUUCCCCCAAGACAAGGUUUUUCUGUGAAACAGUCCUGACUGUCCUGAAACUCAAUCUGCAGACCAGGCUGGCCUCAAACUUACAGAGAUCUGCCUGCCUGUGCCACCUAAGUGCUGGGACUAAAGGUGAACACCACCACCUCCUGGCUACCAUGGCAACUCUUUUUGUUUGUUUGGUUUGGUUUCUCUAGACAGUGUUUCUCUGUGUAGCUUUGAAGCCUGUCCUGGUACUCGCUCCAUAGUCCACCCUGGCCUUGAACUCACAGAGUUCUGCCGGUCCUUACACCACUCCUCCACCCCCAAGUGCAGGGAUUAAAGGUGUAUGCCACCACUGCCUAGCUCGGUAUUCCUUAUAAAAGAAGCAUUUAAUUCAGGUGCCUCGCUUACAACUUCAGAAGUUCAGGUCAUUGUCAUAUUUGGGGAGAACAUGGCAUUGUGCAGGCAGACGUGCUGCUGGAGCUGCGAGUGCUACAUUUUACAGGCAACAAGUCAACUGACUGACCCCAGACAAAGCUUAAGCAAAAGACCUUAAAGCCUGCCCCCACAGUGACGCACUUCCUUCAGCAAGGCCAUACCCACUCCAACAAAGCCAUACCAAAUAGUGCCACUCCCUCUGAGAUUAUGGGGACCAGUUACAUACAAACUACCACACCUGGUGUCCUCAUGUCUUAAGUCCCAGCACUCGGGAGAAAGAGACUGGCAGAUCCCCGAGUUUGAAGUCAGCCUGAUGUUAUACAUAGCAAGUUCCAGGACAGCCAAGCCUACAUAAUGAGACCCUUUCUGGGGGUAGGUGGGGAGCGAAGGAAAAAAAAAGGAAAAAAAAAUUCUUGAGAGCUCAGGAGUCCUGUGGGCCUCCUCCCUGUUUCUUUCAUAAGUGUCUAUUAACAGGCCAGAUCUCAUGGAGUCCUACAAGUGAUAACAGGCCACUAUGAUUCUAGAUGGUGGUGCUCAAUGCCAGCUUCAAGGAAACAGCUACGCAAUGGGAGAAAAUGACGCCAGGUGUUUUCCAUUACUGAUGAGUUCAGGUUGUUAGGAUGUUCUGUGGAGGAGUGAUGAGGCCUGUGGAGCCAGGAAAGAACCUGCUUACAAAAUGUGCAGCAGGUAAUGGUCCCAAAGCAGGCAUGGCUGCAACAGAAGAGAGUGUCUCGGGUCAGCAUGGAGCUGUACAGAGAAGAGCGAGAGGAUGCCAUGUGAAGGAGCAGCCAUGGAGCAGACCUGGAGAGUGCUUGUCUGUGCUUAGAAUGAUGCUGCAAAACAUGGAGAAAUUCACUUCCUGGAGUGUGGAGAAGAAAUGGGGUCCAGUGGCCAGCUGGGAAGUUUGGCAGGAACAGGAAAGAAUGCAAGGGAUGUGAGGAUGGUUUGUGUGAGCAGUAAAUCGAGCCCUUUUUAAGACAAGUGUCAACAAGGUUUAUUUACAUAUCCUGCAUACCUACUAAACUGUCUAUCCAAAGAAUACUUUGUAUUCAGAAAUCAAACAUUGUGUCUUUUUACAUAAUAAAAUGUGUGUCUCGGU